CAUACGACUGCUUGCCAGACUGCCAAAUUGUGCGCACUAAAUUAAAUUCCAAAUUCAAAUUCAAAAAUGGUUCGUUUUCACAAUUUUGCGAUGUCAUUCAAAAUUUGCAAAAUGGCAAAAUCAACUCUGGCGCACAUAGUCGAUUAUCCCAACGAACCGGUGACAUUCCUCCGGCAGAUUUUGCAUGCCGUCGAAGAACCUAAUUUUCUGCAAGCCAUGAAUCUGGCUACCGUCGAUAAGGAGUUCGGUGUUCUCAAUCGCACCGUGCUCUUUCGAGGACUCACCGAGGAUGACUGCGUGACCUACGCCACACAGCAGUUCACACGCAGUUGCAAGAACUUGAAAGCGAAUAACAAGUGUGCCAUUACCUUUCUAUUCCCCAGGGUAAUGUUGCCGUCGCAAGGACCCAGACCGCUCAUCUGGCAGGUGCGUCUGAUUGGCGCCAGCGCCGUCCAGCUGCCCGAGUCCGAGCUGGAUCUCUAUUGGGAAAAGGAUGAGCUGCCGGCCCAAAUCCGGGCCAUUAUAUUCCGCACCGGCAGGCCGUCGAACUAUGAAGAGCUUAAGGAAAAGCACGAUCGAUUCCUUAAGGAUUUUAUGGAGUCCGGAGAGCCGCUACAUCGUCCACCUACUUUCACCGCCUUUAAAAUUAAGUCACUGCGCUGGGACUUUCUAAAGAUUGGCAUGAAUCAGAUUGCAGAUCGCUUGCAGUACCGCCUGCAGGACGAUUGCCAGUGGGAGGUGAUGCACGUAUCCAGCUAAUACCGUUUCACAUCGCCUGUCCGCAUUCGAAGCAAUCCUCGCGUACAUUCCCCGGCCGAUCGACGCCCGUCAUUAGGGCUCAUUGGCUGGUGGCGGAAAUCAGACAUUGCAUGGGCACCCCAGAGUACGCCUCUUGCAGCAAGUGGACAAGAAUUCUGCAACGAAUUUAGUUGACACUCGAAAUACAAUUGAGAUUUAUGUA